GUGCUGAGGAUGUUGUAGCAAUAAUGAUUCCUGAGCCGAAGGGGAAAGAGAUAGUCAGCUUGCUAGAGCGGAAUGUUACUGUGAUGAUGUACAUCACCAUUGGAACCCGUAACCUGCAGAAGUAUGUCAGCCGUACCUCAGUGGUAUUUGUCUCCAUCUCCUUUAUUGUGCUGAUGAUCAUCUCCCUGGCAUGGCUGGUCUUCUACUAUAUUCAGAGAUUCCGAUAUGCAAAUGCCAGGGACAGAAACCAGCGCCGUCUUGGAGAUGCUGCAAAGAAAGCAAUCAGCAAGCUGCAGGUCAGAACAAUAAGGAAGGGUGAUAAGGAAACAGAAUCUGAUUUUGAUAACUGUGCAGUUUGUAUCGAAGGUUACAAACCAAAUGAUGUUGUCAGAAUCUUGCCUUGCCGGCAUCUCUUUCACAAAUCUUGUGUAGAUCCAUGGCUGCUAGACCAUCGUACCUGCCCUAUGUGUAAAAUGAAUAUCUUGAAAGCACUAGGGAUUCCGCCAAAUGCAGAUUGCAUAGAUGAAAUACCUCCAGAUUUUGAAGCAUCUAUAGGAGGGCCACCAACCAAUCAAAUUACUGGAGCUAGUGAUAUAACUGUGAAUGAAAGCUCUGUAGUGCUAGAUCCUCCAGUCCGGACUGUUGGAGUAUUACAAGUCAUUCAGGAUGCAGAUCUUCUUCCACAGCCUGGGGAGAACAACCUCACCACGAGCAGUGAGCAAGAGCCAGCAGUCAGUAGUGAUUCUGAUAUUUCAUUAAUUAUGGCAAUGGAGGUUGGACUCUCUGAUGUAGAUCUUUCCACUGACCAAGACUGCGAAGAGGUGAAAUCUUGAGAAGAAAACCAAAAGACACGCAUACCCCUCCAUUAAACUGAAGCAGGGAGGGGGACAAACGGAAUCUGCUCUGUAAAGAUUUGAACCAGCUGUACACCACGGACACACUCAUACACACAUGUGCACACCCUUCACACAUCCCCAGAAUGUUUUGUGAACUCCAGUGCACUCAUAAUGGGAUGGUCAUGAAAAGCAAUAGCGACAGACGUGUCUGCCUGGAUGCAGCUUCAUCAACUGUGUAUGUCCAUUUCAUUCACAUUGGAAGGAGAAAGCAAACCGUUCCCACUCCAUGCGCCAGAGCAGUCAUGCGUAUGUAACUAUGAAACUGAAAUGACAGUUUAAGUAUUUUCUACUUCAGUCCUUUUUUAAAAAAGAGAAAAAAAUGACAAAGCAAAACACCCCAAUGUGAUUAUUUUCAUUAUGGAUGGGGUUUUCUUUUUCUCUUCCUCUUAAUGAUCCCAUCAUUCUUGAGAGUUCAGCUC